CUUUGUUUACUACUAUUCCCUUUUUUCUGCACAGAUAAAAUUCAGUUAUUCAGGUCUGGUGUUGGCCAACCACAUGGCGGGUUAGCUAUGACACUUGUAAGCAGAAGUCUUAGAAACCCGCCCGCACCGCAUCCCUGCCCCCAAUACUCUAUGUUGAAUUCAACAACCCAUGUUCUCACUUCAAUACUUUUUCUAAUACGACUUUUUUUCUUUUUCAAAAGAAUAGAAAACAGUGAAAGUUUUUAGAGCUUUAUUCAGGUAAAUCUUCUGCUUCACUCCUUAGAAUUUCCGGUAUAUGACCAAAAUUUGAUAAGAUUUCUUUUAUUAUCAUGUCAAAAUGGGUAGUUAAAUUGUUUCUUUCUAAAUUAUAGUCUCUUCACUAAAUUCUGCAGGUGGUGAUGAAAUUUGAUUGCUAUGUGUCAGUGUUUAAGUGUGAAAGAAAGAAACACAUAUGGCUAAUUGCAGGGCUGUUUGGUUUGGUUAUAAUUGUUCAGUAUCUUAAAUUUCCAUAUGGAACCAUUUCAGGAAGUUUCUUUUCUCCUGGCAAGUUUGGAUGGUGGGGUUCAAUGAUAAGGAAUGAAACCCACCAAAUUGGUAAUCUUAGUUUCAGUUCAGAGAUGGAAACCAAAGAUUUCAAGAAUGGUUUCACAUUAGGAAAUGGAUCUGACAUUUUAAAAUCGAAAAGCAAACCAAAUGAGAUGAGUAUACCUCCCGAACCUGCUACGAGUAUCGUGUCUGGUUAUGUAGCUUUAAGGCCCAUGGCCUCACCAUCUGCUUCUUUGUCUCAAUCCGCUAGGGAUGCAAUCACAACUUCAGUAGGUCUGUAUCAUUAGAUUCAGUUUUAUUAAGAUUCGAGAUUUGAUCCAAAAAACUUCUUUGAAUGUUCCACACUUCCACAUCCUAUGUUUAUGAAAAUAUAUGUUUAAUAUAGCUGUUUCUAUUGUUGUUUGUUUGAUACAAUGGUUUGGGUAUAGCUCUUGAUGUUAUUAUGCCCAUUUAUCCAUCUAUCAAUUUGUUCAUCUGGGUUUGUGUUGAGCAGCAUGCUAAUGGUGUCUCACAUUGAUAUGCUACAGACAUAUGUAGAAUAUAUAGGUAUGAGUUUGUUUUGUAUCUUUAUAUUCAUUCACUGUUGGAUGAUUUAUCAUUAACUGAUCAUGCAGUUAUUACCCCUAGUCCCAGAGAAUCCAUAGUGAGCAGAAAUGCGACCAUUGCACUUAACCCUCACACAUUGCCGAGUGACCAUAGUGUUUCUUGUGAGAAUCCUAUGGUAAAGGAAAUGGCCAUGAAACAUAAAGCAAUGGGAGCAGUGUCAUUUUUGGAGAUGAAAAAUAUGUUGUUUCAUAAUCAAUCUUCAUACCUUCGAAUUGUAUGUCUGAUUUCUUAUUCAAACAAGAUUCGCUUAGAGUGUGAUGUACGUGUGUGUCAGUGUGUUUGUGUGUGCGAGUGUGUGCGCGUGUGUCUAUAUAUAUGUUGCCUUUGACCUCUUUAUGUUUGUAGCGAUUUUGAAUGUUUAUGCGCAGGAACCACUUUGGCCUUCUGCUGUUGAUCAACAGCUGUUAAAUGCUAAGUUUCAAAUUGAGAAUGCAGAUAGUAUUCAUGAUAGUGAUGACCUUCAUGCUCCUCUUUACUGGAAUGUGUCUAAGUUUAAAAGAAGCUAUGAGUUAAUGGAGCAGACACUGAAGGUAUACAUUUACAGCGAGGGAGAAAGGCCAAUAUUUCAUAAGCCUAACCUGGGAGGUAUAUAUGCUUCUGAAGGUUGGUUCAUGAAGCAUCUAAUAGCCAACACAAACUUUGUAACAAAUGACCCCCAGAAAGCACAUUUAUUUUACCUACCUUUUAGUUCUCACAACCUUGAACGAAGCUUGUACGUGCCAGACUCUCACAGCUUUACCAACAUAAUCGAAUAUCUUAAUAGCUAUGUCCACUUGAUCAGUGGCAAACACCCUUUCUGGAACAGAACAUGUGGAGCAGACCAUUUUCUUGUGGCUUGCCAUGACUGGGCUGCUGAGGAGACGAGGUGGCAUAUGGCUAACUGCAUAAGAUCUCUCUGCAAUGCUGAUCUUCGAGAAGGCUUUCAGUUGGGGAAGGAUGUUACUCUCCCUGAAACGUACAUGCAUUUGUAUCAGGACCCACUGAGAAAUGUGGGGGGGAAACCGCCUUCCAAGCGAACUUUUCUCGCUUUCUUUGCGGGGAAAAUGCACGGCUACGUCCGCCCCAUUCUUCUGAAAUACUGGGAAAACAAAGAUCCUGAUAUGAAGAUCUUUGGCCGCGUGAACAAGAAAGAGUACAUGAAGCACAUGAAGAAUAGCAAAUUCUGCAUUUGCGCUAGAGGGUACGAGGUUAACAGCCCUAGGGUCGUGGAGGCGAUCUCCUAUGAGUGUGUUCCUGUAAUCAUAUCAGACAAUUUUGUUGUCCCAUUUCUUGAGACAUUAAACUGGGAAUCCUUUGCGGUUUUCGUGCUGGAGAAGGACAUACCGAAUCUCAAGAACAUACUCGAAUCAAUUCCGGAAAAGAGCUAUUUGAAGAUGCAUGAGAGAGUUAAGCAUGUGCAAAGGCAUUUCCUUUGGCAUUCUAGUUCUGAGAAGUAUGACAUCUUCCAUAUGAUACUUCAUUCUAUUUGGUAUACUAGAGUUUACAGGACGACACACUAGCAGUCCCAUUGCUCCAUACAAAAUUUGUGUGUUCUUUUUUGUUUUAAUCAUCAUGUACAUACAGAAAACACUAUGAGUGUAUAAUUGGGUUCUCUGCUUUUGCACAGUGUUGACUUGUGAUAUUAUGUUAUGCUCAUCGUUUUCC